UAUCAGCUUUUUUUUCUUUCGCGUGUGACGUGAUUCCGUAUGUGUUACCCUCGCGUAUAAGAUAAGAUCCAUACAUGAAACCACCGAGAGGCUUGUUUUCUUCAAGAUGCAUCUCGUGCCAAAAGAGCUUGACAAGCUCGUCAUAUCCCAACUGGGCUUCCUCGCCCAGCGACGUCUCGCCAGAGGAGUCCGGCUGAACCAUACAGAGGCGACGGCUCUCAUCGCAAAUAAUCUCCAGGAGCUCAUCCGCGAUGGCCAGCACACGGUGGCGGAUCUCAUGGCCAUCGGCUCGACGAUGCUUGGGCGCCGCCACGUGCUGCCCUCGGUCGUGAGCACGCUCCACGAGAUCCAGGUCGAAGGGACGUUCCCCGUCGGCACGUAUCUGGUGACGGUGCAUAACCCCAUCGCCACCGAGGACGGGGACCUCGCCAAGGCGCUGUACGGCAGUUUCUUGCCCGUGCCAUCGCCCGAUGUCUUCCCGCCGUCCCCGGCCGCUGCGUACGAUGCCGAGAACGCCCCCGGCGCCGUGGUUGUCGUGAAAAGCAGCCGCGUGACCAUCAACGAGGGCAGACGCCGCGUCCGCGUCAAAGUCACGAGCAAAGGGGACAGACCCAUCCAAGUGGGCAGCCAUUACCACUUCAUCGAGACGAACCCGCAGCUCGCGUUCGACAGGAAGUUGGCGUAUGGCUGCCGUCUCGAUAUCCCCGCGGGAACCUCGGUGCGGUUCGAGCCAGGCGACACCAAGACCGUCACGCUCGUCGAGAUCGGCGGCAACCGCGCUAUCCGCGGCGGCAACGGGCUUGCCUCGGGACCGCUGGAUCUAAGCCGCGCCGACGAGAUCAUCUCGAAACUGCAGCAGGCGGGUUUCGCCCACGAGCCCCAGCCCACAGCGGGCUUAUCAAGUGGAGGAGAUGAGGUCGUGGCGCCGUUCACAAUGGACCGCGCCGCGUACAGGGCUAUGUUUGGCCCGACGACGGGAGACCGCGUGAGACUCGGCUCGACGGACCUCUGGGUCAAGGUCGAGCGGGACAUGACGGUGUACGGCGACGAGUGCAAGUUCGGCGGCGGCAAGACGCUGCGCGAGGGCAUGGGGCAGAUGAGCGGGUGCGCGGACAAGGAUUGUCUCGACCUCGUGGUCACGAAUGCGCUGAUCGUCGACCACACUGGUAUCUACAAGGCUGACAUCGGCGUCAAAGAAGGUCUCAUCGUGGGCAUCGGGAAAGCUGGAAACCCGGACGUCAUGGACGGCGUCAGCGAAGGCAUGAUUGUGGGAAGUUGCACGGAUGUCAUUGCUGGCGAGGGAAAGAUUGUCACCGCGGGAGGCAUGGACUCGCAUAUCCAUUUCAUCUGCCCGCAACAGGCGUUUGAGUCUAUUGCGUCUGGUAUUACGACUUUGCUUGGUGGCGGCGUGGGACCUAGCGCCGGCACAUCGGCGACGACCUGCACGCCCGGCGCUCACUACACGCGCCAGAUGCUCCAGGCCUGCGACGAGUUUCCCGUGAAUGUCGGGAUCACAGGCAAAGGCAACGACAGCGAGCCGGCGGCGCUGCGGGAGCAGAUCCUCGCAGGCCAGUGUGGACUGAAGCUCCACGAGGACUGGGGCACCACGCCCGCCGCCAUCGACGCUUGUCUAACCGUGUGCGACGAGCUCGACGUGCAGUGCCUCAUCCACACGGACACGCUCAACGAGUCCGGGUACGUCGAGUCGACGCUGGCCGCCUUCAAGGGCCGCACGAUCCACACCUAUCACACCGAGGGCGCAGGCGGCGGCCACGCGCCCGACAUCAUCUCCGUCGUCGAGCAUCCCAAUGUGCUCCCGUCAUCCACGAACCCCACGCGUCCGUACACGCGGAACACCCUCGACGAGCACCUCGACAUGCUCAUGGUGUGCCACCAUCUAUCGCGCGACAUCCCCGAGGACGUCGCCUUCGCGGAGUCGCGCAUCCGCGCCGAGACGAUCGCGGCCGAGGACGUCUUGCACGACCUCGGCGCCAUCAGCAUGAUGUCCUCGGACUCGCAGGCCAUGGGCCGCUGCGGCGAGGUCGUCCUCCGCACGUGGAACACGGCGCACAAGAACAAGGUGCAGCGCGGCGUCUUGCCCGAGGACGAGGGCACCGGCGCGGAUAACUUCCGCGUCAAGAGGUACGUCAGCAAGUACACGGUGAACCCGGCGCGGGCGCAGGGCAUGGGACAUCUCAUCGGGAGUGUCGAGGUCGGCAAGUUGGCGGAUCUGGUGGUCUGGGAUCCGGCGUGGUUCGGUACCAAGCCUAGUCUGGUUGUGAAGAGCGGGUUGAUUGCUUGGGCACAGAUGGGCGACCCCAACGCCUCCAUCCCAACAGUCCAGCCCGUCAUCGCACGCCCCAUGUUCGCUCCCCUGGUGCCGUCCACAAGCGUCCUCUUCGUCUCCCAGGCCAGCAUAACCUCCGGCACCGUGUCAACCUACGGCCUGCGCAAGCGCGUCGAGGCCGUGCGCAACUGCCGCUCGGUCGGCAAGAAGGACAUGGCCUUCAACGACGCCAUGCCUCGCAUGAAAGUCGAUCCCGAACGGUAUACCGUUGAGGCCGAUGGGAAGCUGUGUACCGCUGAACCGGCGACGGGUUUGCCGCUUGCGCAGGAUUGGUUUGUGUAUUAACUUGGUGAGCGAGUGAGUGAGUGGGGUCAGUCAGUGAAUUGGAAGGCGAUGCAAAAAGGAGGGUGGAUGGAUGGUUUUGAGAUUUUGGAUAUCUGAAUGCAUGCAUAUUUGUUGGUGAACUCACUCAGGUAGUGACUGAGGAGGACAGAGGUGAGUUUAGAUGCUGGGAGUGAGAUAUGGUGGAACACUUCAGGAUUUACAUACC